CAGGGCGCGCGCAUUCCCGGCGGCUAACUCAAAGAAAGCAACACCAGCCACUCGCUACACCUCCAAGCCACGUUCGCUAUCGAACCCUCCCGAACCAGAACUUUGAACGGGCGUGUUGAGACCCUCAACAACGGGUACCCGCGCAACCUCCGCCGAAGAAAAAGAACAAAGGGUCCCACAAGACCGGAAACAAAGACAUCACACAAUGGCCCCCUUUCCAUUGAACCUCCGGGUUCCCCACCUAGACACCGCCGAACUCCUCUCCCACCUCCGGCAGCUCGCCCCAGCCCCGUCGCCAGUAGCCCCCGCACCUACAGCUGCCCCAACCGCCGCCGCCGUUCUCGAAGACCGUCAAAACUAUGACUCCGUUGCGCCCGCGCCCAACUACGGCUCCGUGUAUGCCUCGGCCCAGCAUCCCACGGUAAUCUACACCCAAGGACCUGCCGUGACCGAUACCGUUACCGUCUUCCCUACUUCCUCCGUGGUCUCCUCUGCAGCCUCAACCGCCACCGUCAUCCCGCUAACCGGCGCGACCUCCGAUCACACCGGCGGCCUGUCGGGCGGCGCCAUCGCCGGCAUCGUCAUCGGUGUCAUCGUCUUCCUCAUCCUCUUGUUCCUUCUCUUCUGGUGGCUUGGCGGCGGCGGCAAGAAGAAGCGUCGUGAUGAUCAUUACUACCAUGAGGAGGUUCUCUCGUCCGGCUCGUCCGGCUCUGGUGGUGGCGGCGGUGGUGGUGCUGCUUAUAUCUCGCGCCAGACGAGGAGGACGGAACGUGUCUAUGGGAGCAGCGCGGCUGCUGCGGGAAUGAGAGGCGGCGGCAUGAGCGAGACGGAAAGUAGUGUGAGCAGUGCCAGCUUGUGCUCGUGUGGAUGCGGGGCGGUUGCGGGCGCUUGCAGGAAGGAGAAGAGGCGCCAUUCAAAGCACAGGUCUGGUUCCAAGCACGUGCAUCACUAUCGUCAUACGUCGAGGCAUCAUUCGAGGCACAGGAGCGCGUCGAGGCAUGAGUCUCGGGGGAGGAGUGUAGGGGCAAGCGAGAAUGAGAUGAGGGAGGCGCCGAGGGUUUAUAGGUAUACAAGCGAGAGGGAGACGAGGUAAAAGCGUGGGUGGGGGGUGGUGUGGUGGCGGAUGGGUGAUCUUGAAGCUUGAAGCUACCGUGAAAGACGUUAGCACAGGGAAAGCGACUUGGAUAAUGAUGUUUGGGAUGCAAGGAAGAAAUGACCGGACAGAAGGGAUAUGGAUACAAUUUGGAUAUUGAUGGGUUACACGAUUUGAUGAUUCUCGAUGAAAAUAUGAGAAACAAUGGGAUAUGGGAGACGGAUUGUACGUUUACGACUUGGUUCUUGUAACUAUUGGCGUAAUGAUAUGUGUAUACCAAGCCAGGACUUCAGCAUGACACGUGCAACCACUCAUCGCGUGCCUCUUGUAUGAUCGCUGUGUUCGGGG